CUCUAUUCUUUAGUAAAUUAUCUGAACUCUACUAAUUAUGUAGUGUAGCGAUGAGUUUUUGAUAAGAACAAAUUUAUCGAAAAUGUCCACAUUAAUGUGGUCCUGUCCAUGUUGUUUACGAUUCAAAUUCAGCCCCGAAGAGCUGGAGCAGCGCUACAAGAGCCACGAAAUCGACAAGAUUAUCGAAAAAGACAGACAAGCUAUGAAAAGACAGGUCAAACUCCUCUUGUUGGGUGCUGGCGAGAGUGGGAAGAGCACUUUUCUCAAACAAAUGAGGAUAAUUCAUGGUAUAAAAUUCGAAAGCUACCUUAUAAAAGAGUAUCAACACGUGAUUUACCAAAAUUUAGUGAAGGGGAUGCGGGUGCUAGCUGAUGCUAGGGACAAACUAGGAAUACAGUGGGGGGAUAGUAGUAACGGGGAACUCGGCAAAAAAUUGCUCCAGUUUGAUAAUAAUUUGGUGCUGGAUACCAGGAACUUUAGUCAGUUUAGUCCUUUGUUGUACAAAUUGUGGAGAGACUCUGGAAUUAGGAGAGCCUACGAAAGACGACGUGAAUUUCAAUUGAGUGAUUCGGUAGAAUAUUUUCUGAAUAACCUCGAUAGGAUAUCUCGACCGGACUAUACUCCUACAAAUAAGGACAUCCUCCAUUGUCGAAAAGCUACAAAAGGCAUCACAGAGUGUGUUGUCCCAAUAAACGGUAUACCUUUUCUUUUCGUGGACGUUGGCGGUCAACGGUCACAAAGGCAAAAAUGGUUCCAAUGUUUCGAUUCCGUGACUUCCAUUCUCUUCCUCGUAUCAUCUUCCGAAUUCGACCAAGUAUUGCUGGAAGACAGGAAGACCAACCGAUUGGAAGAGGCCAGAGAUAUAUUCGAUACGAUAGUUAAUAACGUCAUUUUUGGUGGCGUGUCCAUUAUAUUGUUUUUGAACAAGUACGACUUGUUAGAAAGAAAAGUAGCAAAUCCAGAAACCGACAUCCGUUGGUACUUCCCCCAAUUCUCAGGCAACUCGCACUCGAUGCAGGACGUCCAAGCGUUCAUACUCGCCAUGUUCACCGGCAUCAAGCGCGACCCCAAAAAACCGCUGUACCACCAUUUCACUACAGCCGUAGACACCGAAAACAUCAAAGUCGUAUUCAAUUCGGUCAAAGACACCAUUCUGCACAGAAAUUUGGAGAUUCUUAUGCUACAAUAAACGAAAACCGGAUAUAGAGAAUGUCGAUUACGUUCGUUAGGCUGUGUUCAAACACAAAAAUAGAGUUAUUGAAGACUGACUCAGGACGAGUUUUUGCCGUGAAUACAGGGUGUUUAACGCCGAAUUGAACAGAUUGUGACUGUAAGUAGAGUUUGAAUGAGUUAAAUAAAAACGGCCACUAAAAAUUGUAAAGCUUGUUUGGUUAAUCAAUGAAACAGAAAUGGGUAGUGAAGAAUAGGAACUAAGAUCUCUCUCGACUUGUUUUUAAAUCGCACUUUAGCAUGACUAUAUCGGUAUAUAGAGGGUGCCGAAAAUUUAAUUAUACACUAUAGGGAUUUCGUUUAUCGUUAUAGAUAGAAAUUUGGUUAAAUGAGAAAAAAUAUGCAUAUUUUCAUGGAGAAUUUAUUGACUUUUCAAAAUUAAAAUAUCAAGUCCGGUUUCCGAGAUAUUCAGAAAUUUAAAUUGGCCAUUUUCGUUUUAUUUAAUUUACACCUUUAUUUUGAAUGAAAAAAAAAAUUUACUAAGCACUUUUGUUGAAGAUCACAUACUGCUUAACAUGACUUAGCCACAUUUUAAAACGCUUCCCUCAACUUUUUUUUACUAGGAACAUUUUUUUUGAAUGGUUCUUUUGGAAUUUUUGUAAGAACGAUUCUGUCCCAUUUUUAACAAUAAAUAUUUAAGUAAAGACCUAAGAUGUGAACUAUUAAAUUUUUAUAAAUAACUACAAUCAGAAAAUGUAAUUUUAAACUACUGAAUUACAACAAAUAGCUAGAAAUUAACUGGAUGUCAUCCGAUAGAGAAAUUUAGAAAAUUCAAUUUGCUUAAAUUUUUUUAUAAAUUUCAACACUCGGGGCCUUUUUCAUAAAACUACUUUACUUGCACUUUGCAUAUUUUACUAAAUUUAUGUUCUAUACAAGAGACAUUUUGAUGAAUUAAAAAGUAAAAUUUGAAAAUUGAAAAUAAAAAAUUAAUAAUUUGCAAAGUUAUUAUUUUAUUGAAUAAAACGAAAAUCGUCAAUUUAAGUUAUACCCAAAUAUCUCGGAAAUUGCAUCUGAUACUUUACAUAAA